GGUUAUAAAUGGAUUUGAAAGUUUGUAAACAUUAAAUAAAAGUAUAUUUAUUGUAUCGAUACACUUACAGUGGUUUUAAGCAUUUGAGAUACAAACUAAAAUGAAUAACUUCCUGUUUUUGAUAAUCAGUGUGUGCGUUAAUUCAUUUACGCUGUUUAUUUUCAUUGUAUAUUAUGGAAAUUUGAUCGGUUCUUAUAAUGACAAAAUUAAUCAAGAAUACGACUAUAUAAUUGUUGGAUCAGGCACAGCCGGUUCCUUGAUAGCACACAGAUUGGCCACGGAAACCAAUUUCACAUUCAUUGUGUUGGAGGCAGGAAGCCAAGGCAACCUACUGUUUGAGAUACCUGUGUUGGGCCCUUUAUUACAUGGCUCACCAUAUGAUUGGCAGUAUGAGACAGUGCCACAAGAUAAUGCUUGUCUGGCUAUGAAAAAUAGGAAAUGCAAGCUCAUUCAAGGAAAAAUAGUUGGAGGCUCUUCAAAGCUCAACAACAUGGUGCAUGUGAGGGGAAACAUGUCACAUUAUGUCAAUUGGUUUCAUCAGGAACACAGUGAAGAGUAUAUAAAGAAACAGUUUGAAUUAGUUGAGAAACAGUUCCUUCACAUAGACAAUGUGUUAUACAAGAGUGAACUAGCUGAUGCAAUUAUAAAGGCUGCCAUAGAAUUAGGAUAUGGAACAGACAAUGGAAAAUUUACAAAUAGUAGACUAUGUCAAUACAAAGGUAAGAGAUGGUCCACGUCUGAUAAUGUAGACAGUAAACAUAUAGUCACAAAUGCUUUAGUUAGUAAAAUUUUAAUUAAACAAAAUGUAGCUCACGGUGUGAAAGUAUUGAAGUUUGGAAAAGAGAUUGAAUGCUAUGCUAGAAAAGGAGUGAUAGUUUCAUCUGGUACUUAUAACAGUCCCAAACUCUUGCAAUUAUCUGGGAUUGGGCCAAAAAGUUUAUUAAACUUGUUAGAUAUACCAACAUUACAAGAAUUGCCAGUAGGUGAAAAUUUACAAGAGCAUGUAGCUACAGGCCUUGAUUUACUCUUAUUCAAUAGUUCUUUAAGAGUUAAUGCUUUAAAUGUUCUUAACCUUAUGAAUGUUUAUGAAUACUUUAUUAAUGGGCAGGGGCCCUUUACAUCCCCUGGUUGUGAAGCUGUAGGGUUCUUGUCAACUAAGGGUGAAACAGAACCUGAUUUGCAAUUUAUGGUGUUGCCAGUAGGAAUAGCGUCAGAUGGAGGCAGUCAUUUGAUGAAAUUAUUAGGGUUAAAGGAUGAAAUAUGGGAUAGUUAUUUUACAAAGUUAUCUGACAAACAUACAGCAUCUAUUUUACCUAUAGUUUUACAUCCAAAGAGCAAAGGCAAUGUUUACAUAAACAGUAGAGAUCCUAAUACACCUCCCCUGAUUGAUCCAAAGUAUUUUGAGGAAAAAGAAGAUUUAGAUGUUUUGAGGAAUGGUGUGAAAAAAGUGUUAAAGUUUAUAAAAACACAGGCAAUUCAGAAUACAGGUGGAUUUGUCAAUAAUUUGCCUUUCCCGGGGUGUGAGACAUAUGUUUUGUUCUCUGAUGACUAUUUGGAUUGUUAUAUAAGGCAUUUAACUUUGACUAGCUACCACCCUGUAGGUACAUGUUCUAUGGGCCUUUCUAGCUCGAAUUCUGUAGUUGAUACUUCAUUUAGAGUACAUGGUGUAAAAAGGCUGUAUGUGGUAGAUGGUUCAGUGUUACCAACAUUACCCAGUGGCAAUAUUAAUGCUGCUAUUGCUAUGAUGGCAAGCUUGUUUUUUGAUAAAAAUAUAAAAAGUAAAAACAAUGAUGUAUGUUACAGAGGUGAUAUAAUAUAUGAAUAUAUCUAUGAUGUUUGUUUACUUGUAAAACUGUGAUAGUAAUUAAAUAAUAAUGCAAAU